GCUUAACAUAAAUAGAAAAUCUAAUAAAUUAAAAAAGCGAAAACAACAACAGGAGAAAUUAACAAAUAGCAAAUCCAAUAUGCUUAGAAUAAACUAAAGCGGAAAAAAAGUUGAACUGAAUAAUUGAACUAACUAAGGGAAACCGAGCAGAAUGUGAUCUAAGUAAAAGAAGAAGAGAAAAGUGUGUGCAUUGAAUAUCGCUAAGACGUUGUCCAGCACUAGAUGACAUGUGCGGUGUGCCAGUGUUGCCAAACUCAAAUAGAAAACCAUAAGCAAGCCAUUCAAACUCAAUAACAAGAAAUCAGUGGAUCGAUCAAUCGAUAGGCCGAUAAACUCAAACCAAAUAUAGCAAACGCAUUGAGCAUAUCGAUGUGCAUAUAUGUAUUGCUGUAGCUAUAGCCAAAUACACAGACAUAGACUUUAACGACAACUGUAUAUAUCAUGACCAAAAAGUACGAGUUCGAUUGGAUAAUUCCGGUGCCGCCGGAACUAACAACUGGCGCGGUCUUCGAUCGCUGGUUCGAGAACGAGAAGGAGACCAAAGAGAAUGACUUUGAGCGCGAUGCGCUCUUCAAAGUCGACGAGUAUGGUUUCUUUCUCUACUGGAAGAGCGAGGGACGGGAUGGCGAUGUCAUUGAGCUGUGUCAAGUGAGCGACAUUCGAGCUGGCGGCACUCCAAAGGUAAGCAAAUUUGUUAAUAUUUGGGAAGAAGAAUAGUUUCUAUAGGUGUUAG